AUGGAACCCACCAGCAAAGACGAAAAACAAGCGGCAUCGCCAGCCGUGGCAGCCAACGAAGACGAAAAGCUCUUCAAAACGGUCAUCCACGAGGGAUUAUUCUCCACGGGUGCUCCUCCACCGGCGCCGCCAUUUUCUGUCUUCACCCGUGGGCAGAAGCGAUGGAUAAGCUGGAUGGCCGCGUUCGGAGCCAUGUUUUCCACGCUCAACAGCUUCAUCUAUUUCCCAGCGGUCGUGCCGAUGGCCAGGGACCUGAACGUCUCAGUGUCCCUGAUAAACCUGACGAUAACGUGCUACCUGAUUGUAGCUGGCCUGGCCCCAGCUGUGAUGGGCGAUCUGGCCGACCAUGACGGCAGAAGACCUGUGUACAUCUUGAUGUUUGUUCUCAUGCUCGGGGCAAACAUAGGGCUUGCGGUGCAGGAUUCGUACCCGGCGCUGUUUGUGCUGAGGAUGAUACAGAGCGCCGGAUCCUCGGGGACCUUCGGUGCGGCGAACGGCGUCAUAUCCGAUGUUGCCUCGGUCGCUGAGAGAGGCUCGUACACGGGGACGCUUAUUCUCUUCACGAAUACGGCGCCCAGCUUCGGCCCCGUCUUGAGCGGUGUCCUGGCAGAAUUUGCGUCAUGGCGCUGGAUCUUUUGGUUUCUCACAAUCUUGGUCAGCUGCCACGGUGUGCUGCUGAUACUUUUCUUCCCCGAAACUCAAAGGAAGCUGGUCGGAAACGGCAGUAGGCGUGUGCAUGGGUUCCUAUAUCAGAGUCUCUUCUGGAAGGUCACCAAGCAAGAACACGUCCUUGAGAAGAAGACCCAGCCGGAAGAAAGGGUGAAGAGGAAAGCACAUAUCCCAAACCCUCUGGCCUGUGUUCCAAUGUUGUUCGAAAAGGGGAGCUUUUGCACAAUGUUUCUUGGAGGAGUCAACUAUGCCGUCAAGAUGACAAUCCAAGCAUCUCUUGGAUCCCAAUGUAUCAGUAUCUACAAUCUGAACUACCUAGAGGCAGGACUUAUCUACUUGCCGGCUGGAGUUUCAGGUGGUUUGGGCGCUAAAUUCACGGGACAAUUUCUAGACUGGACUGAUUUGGUCUUCCGAACAGACAAACGCAUGUGCAUUAAACUUGAUGGCUCGUUCCAGAGAGGCGAGGACAUUUCAGAUUUUCCUAUCGAGAAGGUUCGGCUGAAAGGAGCAUAUACCUUACUCAUGAUCACCGCCAUUGGCACAGCCGGGUACGGGUUGGCGCUGAUGACCAGGACACAUAUUUCAGUCAUGCUCAUCUUACAAUUCAUCAUCAGUUUUACGACGUCAAGCAUCAUUGCAAUAUACAACACGCUGCUCACAGAUCUGAAUGUCAGUAAAGCCGCAACGGUCCGAGGGGCAUCGAAUCUCGUCCGGUGUGUUCUUGCGGGUGCUUUUAUUGCAGCUCUUGAGCCACUGGCGCAAACUCUGGGCCUCGGGUGGUGCUUUGGUGUAUUCGCGAUCUUGCAGUUGUUCUCGAUUCCUCCAGUGUGGCUACUAAACACCCACGGACGUCGCUGGAGAGAGGAGAGGGCUGCGAGGAAUAAUGAGUGUGAUGACUGA